AUGGCCGACGUGCAGCGCCCGCCUCCUCGCGCGACCCUCCCACCGACCCGCAGCAGGGCCUGGACCGCCGGUGCCCACCGCUCCAUCCUCACCGAGGAGCUGUGCUCGCUGCCGCUCUACCGGAGGCUGGUGAGCAGCGAGGCGGACGCAGCGCUGCUUGCGCAGCUCGAGCGCGAGUUCACCGCGCUGGUCGAGUCGGCGGGCGAAGACGGGGAGGACCUCGUCUGCGUCCGGUUCCCGGUCUAUCUCCCGAGCUCUGCGCGUGCGCUGGUCGCCGCGUGCGCCCGGCGCUUCAAGCUGCGCCCCGAGUCGUUUGGCGAGGAGGAGAAGCGCUUCAUGGCCGUCUACAUGCACCCUCGCUCGGCCGUCAUACCCGUGUUGCGGCUCGAGGACUUUGCGCACGCCACGAGCUACUACGCCCUGCCGCCGCCGCCACCCGCGCCAACCUACGACAAUCGGAGGGACCAGUUCGGCAGGCGCCCCGACUCUGUGGUGGAGCUCGAGGCGCCGGAGCGGCCGCUGCGGCACGACUACAGCAGCUGGCGGUCCCCCGCUCCGGAGCAGCGCGAGCCCGUCGGCUACGAAUGCGAGGCGGCCGGCUGCCACGCCCACCUGAUCGAGCUCGCCAGCUUUGAGCCAGAGCUCGACGCCGCCGGCCCGCUCAGAGGGGCAGUCGCCGGCGCGCUGAGAGGGGCGCUGCCUGGCCUCAUCACGCUGCGACCGCUGCCCGCCGGCUUUGUUGCCGUCUUCAGCAGCGCCGUCGCCGCCGAGGCGGCCACGAUAGCGCACCGCCAAUUCCCCCACGACGUCGGGGGCGAGGGCGAGGGGGCAGACUGGCCUCGCGACCUCUCGCUCGCCCUCCCCGGCGGCGAGCGGCGAUGCCGCGCGAGGCCCCUCUCCCUCUUUGCGCAGCGACCUCGCGCGAGCGGCAGAGGAGGAGCGCCGCGCGCGCUUCAGGCGGCGUUGCGCGGUGUCGGCGGCGGGGGAGGGGGAAACGCAGGCCACAGCGCACAGGUUCGCGGCGUCUUGCCUUUCAUGAAUGGCACGUCGUACGCCGAGAGGUCAGGGCGGAGGUCGUCGAACACGAUGUACAGCACGUUGCGCGCGGGGGCGGCGGCGAUGGCCAUCGCCGCGGCGGAGGACUCCAGCGCACGGCGUCGCGCGUAUGACGGGGGCGAUACCGAUCAUCCGGCCCGCUGGGUGUGCUCCUUAGCUCCCCGGCCCUGGAUGUGA